AUGACUAAUCGUAUAACGGCCGUAUCGGCACCGGGCAAGGUCUUCUUAGCAGGAGGUUAUCUGGUAUUGGAUCGUGAUUAUACCGCCUUGGUAUUUGGUCUUAGUGCUCGAAUUCACGUGUUGGUUCAAGACAUCGAGACUACCUCUGGUGUUCAGCUCUCCGAUAUCAUUGUAAAGAGUCCUCAAUUUCGGGAAGCAGCUUGGAAUUAUGGAUUCCACUUGAUUAAGGAUGAUGGGGGCAUUGAAGUUACCCAAUUAAAAAGCUCUCCAUCAGCAUCAGUUUCUCGAAAUCCAUUCGUAGAAACAGCAUUACUCUACGCACUAACCUACAUAUCCUCCGUUCUUCCAUCCACUACCAUCAAACCAACCUCCAUCACAAUCCUGGCUGACAAAGACUACUACUCCAACCCCUCUACCAAAGCCAUUGCCUCAGAUGCACACCAUCAAUUUCUCGACUUUGGCGUCCGUCUCGAGGACGCCCAUAAGACCGGUCUCGGCUCUUCUGCAGCCUUAGUGACUGCUUUCACCGGUGCAAUUCUCUCCCAUUAUCUUCCCUCCUCAAAAUUCUCUCUCAAUACCAAAGAAGGCCAAUCUCAACUUCACAACCUAGCCCAAGCAGCCCAUUGUGCAGCCCAAGGAAAAGUCGGCUCAGGUUUUGACAUUGCAACAGCUGUCUACGGCACCUCUCUCUACCGUCGCUUUUCCCCCUCCAUCCUUUCUUCUCUGGGUGAACCAGGCUCCCCAGGUUUCUCCACUCGCGUUAAAGCGUCAGUUGAAGACACCGCCCCUCAAAAAUGGGACACCCAAAUCGAAAAAGGCAAAAUCACCAUCCCCAAAGGUAUGGCUCUCGUCAUGUGCGACGUAGAUUGUGGAUCCCAAACCGUCGGAAUGGUAAAAAAGGUUCUCGAAUGGCGAAAACGUGAUCCCGUGGUCUCGAAAGAAUUAUGGGAUGAAUUGCAAUCGCGAAACGAGAAAUUGGCAGAGGUUCUCUCUUCCGGAAAUGAUAUUAGUGCAGCUGGCCCAGCUUUCUCGGCUAUUCGAGAAAAAAUUAGAGAGAUGGGUAACCUUUCAGGAGUUCCGAUUGAACCUGAAGAGCAAACGAAAUUGCUAGAUGACGUCAUUGAGAAUGUGGAGGGGGUGAUUGGGGGUGUGGUUCCUGGUGCCGGAGGCUAUGAUGCGAUUGUGCUCCUGGUUAGGGAUGAUCAGGAGACGAUGGAUCAGAUUAAAUCUUUCCUGGCGAAAUGGGGGAAUGUGAAAUUGUUGGGUGUUAAGGGGGAAAUGGAUGGUGCGAGAGUGGAGGAUGGUGGAUUGUAUGGAACGUUGCGUGUGUAG